GGAAAGCAGCACAACAAUUGAGAGAAAAUAAUAGAAUGGUACAACAGACAUCAGAUCUAGGCCAACAGGUGCGAGUAUUAUUGAAGGAAAUAGAGGAGGCACGUGGUCACGUCAGCGGUUCACAUGAAGCUCAUGUUUCAUCCAGUGAUAUUUCUAGCUCGUCUAAUCUCAUAUCAAAAAAAUUCAUUUCAGGAAUAUUGAGGAGCUACAAGAACAGAAUCAGCAAUUAUUGACUGUUGUCAGAGAGCUGAGCAGUAAGAGAGAACAAGAAGAGAAAGCUACGAGAGAUGAAGAACUCUCUGAAGUGCAUGAAAAAUUGGAGAAGGCUUUAGAAGAAAUUGACGAAUUGAGAACUUCCAGAAACAGACAAGGCUGAAAUGGUUGAAGGCAUUGUAAGGCAGAGAGACAUGUACAGAGUAUUGCUGGCCCAGAGAGGUGAUGCAACAAUACCAUUAAUGACUCCAGGUUCUCACAGUCCUCUUGCCAUGUCAACCCCAGCUCCACCCUCCCAAACGAGUCCCCUCGGUAGCGGCGACACAGCAGACAGUACAGCUACGGCUGAGGCCAAGGCAGCACUCGGCCAGCUCAAUAAAGAGUUUGAAACAUACCGUAAAGAAAAAGCUGAAAAUGAAAAAAUAAUUAAUGAUCAGAUGGACAAGCUUCGUAGUGACAUGUCUGAUAUGAGGGUUCAAAAUGCAAAAUUAUUGUCACAGCUUGAGUUCUCGAGUGAAAGAUUCAAUAUUCUGCAGUCAAAUGUUGAAGGGUACAAAAAAGAAAUUGAAAGUUUGAAAGAUAAAAAUCACAAAUAUGCAUCCCAGACCAUUACACAUCAACAAAGAAUCAGCACUCUGACACAGGACUUGAUGGGAACCCAGGAGAAGUUGUCAAAAGCAGAGGUAGACUGCACUAAUCUGAAAGCUGAGAGAGAUUUACUGAAGAAAGUCGAGGAUAGACUGGUGCAAGAGAUAGAUUCAUUAAGGAGGGAACAGCGAGGUCAGAAUUUAUUGCUGACAAACCUACAGACAAUACAGAAUAAUCUUGAGAGAGCCGAGUUUGAAACAAAAGCCAGAUUGACAAAUCAAAUAGAAUCACUGGAGAGGGACGUCAACUCGUACAAAAGACGUUUAGAUGCUGAAGCCGAACAACAUAAAGUGGUUAUCAAGUCGUGGGAGAGUCAGGUAAAAUCUCUGCGAGGUCAAUUAGAUAAUGAGUUAGAGAAUCACCAGAAGACAAAAGAAGACAUGGCAAAUGUGAAGCAAGAGUUGCAGAAUUUGAAACAACAGUGUUCAGUUGCGGAGAGUAAACUGGCUUCGACAGAGAUCCGGUUAUCAAAUGCUCUCAAAGUGAAAGGGCAAGAUGUUUCCAUGGAGCCAACAUCCACUACGGAUGAAGAAGUGAAAGAAUUGAAGUCACAGAUAAAUAAAUAUCAACAAGAUAUCAAAGGUCUACGUGAACAAUUGAAUAAAGCUAAACAACAUGUGGAGCAAUACAAGUCAAUCAGUGAUGCUGUGGAUGAGAGUCUCAGAGAACAGAAUGCUGCCAGUAAAAUAUUUAAAGAGACAACUGAGGCCAAACUUAAAGAAACCACUGAAAUGAAAGCUGGCCUAGAAAAACAGUUAUUGGAAUUGGAGAAUGAGAAACAGCAAAUAAUGCUUGAGAAGAAACAGUUACAGCAGGCUGUAGAUUCCCAGACAUCUGAGUUGAGAAGUAACCUUACAAAGAUGCAAGACGAGCUGAAAGAUGCUUUACAGAAAUGUACAGAUGCCCAGGCUAAUGAACAAGCUGCUAGAAGUGACUGCAAAAAACAAUCCGAGUUGGCAGCUGAAUGCCAAGAUAAAUACGAGAGGGAAUUCCUUCUUCGUGCCAGCGAUGUUCAACAGUUGGUGACAGUUAAAGAACAACUUGCUGGUUUUAAUACAAAGUUAUCUGAAGCAGAAGACAUUGCUAAAAGAGCUAUAGAUGAAUUGUCUGAAAACAAGGUGACUGCCAAGACGACUGCUCAACACCAAGACUUGAUGAAUAAGAUUGAAACAUUAAACAUCCUCACUGACAGUAAUAAACUACUAAGAGAAGAAAAGGAACGAGUUGAUCAACAGUUACAACAAAUGGUUGCCAAGGUUAAACAGUUGGAAGAGAAUGUUGCCCCACUUCAAGAACAGAACAGAGCGUUAACAAGUAAAGUUGACGUUUUGGUACUAGAAAAGAAUACCCUCACUGCCGAUGUGAAUCGAUGGAAAAACAAAACAAAUACUAAAGCAGACCCAGAACAGUACAAGAAAUUAGUGGAGGAGAAUGAGAGCAAUAAAAAAACAAUAUCACAGUUAACAGAAGAGAACCAAAGACAAAAAGCCGAGUUGUCGAGAUUGAAUUCACUUGUUAGUAACACUCAAGCUGAAGUCCGAAAUUCUAAGCUGGAAAGUACAAAACAGAAAUCAGAAACAACCAAACUGAAUGAAGAGUUGGAAAAAAUUAAGAAGGAAGUAGAAACAAAGAAUACAAGUUUAGAAGAAAUGAAGAAGAAUAUUGCUCAGGUUAAAAAGAUCGGCCGCCGUUACAAAACUUGGUAUGAUGAACUGAAGAAACAGACUGAUGAUAAACAAGCUGAACCACAAUCACAGCAACCGACUGCGUCGCAGGCUAAUGCAGAGCUGGAAGCCUCGGUCAAGGCCAAAGACGAACAGAUUCAGAAGUUGAAUGAAGAGAUGGGGAAAUUAAAAACUGAAAUAGAGAAACUUAAUGAGAAUCUCACCAAAGUAAAAGAAUCUGAAGAAACUAUCAAGACGCAGCUGAAUGAUAAGGACGAGAAAACUAAGAAACUUCUGAUGUCUGCGAAACAGAAAAUAUCACAGCUGACAGGUCAGAGAGAAAAACAGAAUUCUGAAGCGGAGGAGCUGAAAACUAAAGUCACUAAUUUGGAAAAAACUGUUGAUGAGAAAGAGAAGCAAGUUAACGCAAUAAAAUCGCAACACGAACACAACACAAAACAAUUGGAACAGCAGCUGAAAGAAGCCAAGAAUGAUUUUGAGAAAUUCAAACAGGGUAAAAAAGAGGAACAAGACAAGAUAAAGAAAGAGCUGGAUGAACAGGAGUCACUGAAAAAGAAGGUUCUAGAACUGCAAAAACAACUUGAAGAACAGCAGAAGCAGUUGCAGGCACAACAGCAACAGCAGCAGCAGCAACAACAACAACAGCCACCUCCUCAGCAGGUAGUACAGGCAACUGAAAGGCCAAGUGCCACGCGUGAAGAACCUCCACCAACGGCCAAUAUCAAACCUAUGGCGACGCCCAGUCCUAGCACCGCAACUAAACCGACCCCGUCUACCAGUGGACAGGCUAAAGUAACAGCAAGUAUUCGACCCAUGGCUAUAACGCCAGCUAGUGUACCCGUCGUCACGGCUGUCCCGCAAACACGAAUGGCUACCGUGAUGCCAACUUCGUCAGUUUCACAAUCUGAAACUUCACAAGAAAUCACAGAGUCAGUGCCGAGUGAUACGCCUAUUGUAGUCAUACCAUUACAAGCUCCAGUACAAGCUGUACAGCCAACUCAACAAACGCCGCCAAUCAGUGAACCACAGCCAGCACCAGAACAGGGAGAAGUUAUGACAGAUUCGGUACCAGAACCUGAGAUACAGUCAUCAGUAGAGGCAGAGAUGCAACAGCCACAAGAACCAACAGUGGAAGAACAAGAAACUCCUGUCUUACCUGAGAUUAUAAUAACAGAGGAGCCAAGCUCACAACCAGAGCCAACAGAACCAGCACCAGUGCCAACAUCUUCAGUCACAGCUGUUACAGUCCCAGUGAAAAGAACUCGGGAGGAAUUUGAAGAGGUGUCAGAUGAGAAUGGAUGGGGUGGGUUUGGAUGGGAUGGCAUGGGAAGGUGUCAGAUGAGAUGGGGUGGGAUGGGUAGGGAUGGCAUGGUAUGGAAAGGCGUCAGAUGGGACAGAUUGGGACGAGUUGAAAAGGGUUUGGAUGGAAUAGGAAGAAUUGGAAUGGGAAGGAAAGGAGGGUUUGGAUGGGAUAGAAAAUUGGUAGGUGAGAAGGAUUUGGAUGGGUUGGAAUGGCAUGGAAAUAUGUCAGAUGGGGCAGAUUGUGAUGAGUUGGAAGGAUCGGUAUGGAAUGGAAAGUGUUGGAAUGGGAAGAGGGGUUUGGAUGGAAUAGAAAAUUGGUAG